UAUGGAAAUGGAGUUUGAGCGUGACUUCGCCCUGGGUGCAGAUCUGGACAUAUCCUCUAUCGAAGCAGAGAAAAUAAGGCAGAUAGAAAGAAUGGCCAAGAUUGAGAAGAGAAGGGAAGAGAGAGCCCGUUCAAAGGCUUGGGAAGAGGAGUCAAAGGCAAUGCUAGCCAGAGCGUGUGGUCAAGCAGAUCUCGACAUAUUCUCUAUCACAAUGAAAAAGAUGCCGAAAGAAAGAAUGGCCGAGAUUGAGAAAGUGAAGAAGAGAAGGGAAGAGACAGCCCGUGAAAAGGCUCGGCAUGAGGAGUUAAUGGCAAUGCUAGCCGAAAGGUGUGCUCAAGCAGAGAUUCAAGAUUGAGAGAAGAAAGAAGAGGAGUUUCUUUUUUGCUCAAAGCAAAGUCAGGUCAGAGAUCAGAUUGCCUGAAGGGCGUGCACAAGCAGCUGAUGUUCAAUCUAACCUCAAUGGUUCAAAUGAUCUGGAUAUUAAAUUAAAUGAACCUCACGUGGUCUUUGAGGUGUCUAUUUUAUUCUAAUAUUAAACUGCCUAUUCUGACAGACAUUGUGGUACUUUGCUUUCCUACUUGUGUUUUCUUUUCUUUGAAAAGCUAAAUGAUCUGUUAUCUAUGCAAGUUCUAUGUAAAUUUAUGAAAAGAGGGUACGCUAAUCAGAAAAGGAGAGUCUCUCUUUUUUUAAUACAAGCUCAACUUCUGUAAA